CUGAGCUACAACAGACUUAUUCAUUACAACACAUUCAGAGUGGGAGCUGCUGCCCUGACCCUAGACAACAACUUGUGUGUUUACAGGAACAAUCAUGGACCAAGUCAAGAUCAACGAAGGUGUGACGCAUAUUAAGGACCAUGGCUCCAAACACUUGUCUCAGGAAACAGUCAAGAAGCUGGUCCAGCAGGCUCAGGAUGCCAAGCAGCAUGCUUACUGUCCUUACAGCAAAUACAGAGUGGGAGCUGCUCUCCUCACACUAGACAACAGUGUGUUUACAGGUUGCAAUGUGGAGAAUACAUGUUCCAACCUGGGUGUGUGUGCUGAAAGGAACGCCAUCGCAAAGGCAGUGUCUGCGGGCUACAAGAGUUUCAAGGCAAUUGCAAUUGCCGGUGACACGGAUGACAAGUUCAUCUCCCCGUGUGGUGGCUGCAGGCAGGUCAUGAUAGAGUUUGGAGCAAACUGGGAAGUUAUCCUGACAAAACCCGACGGCUCGUACAUGGUGAUGACUCCGGACGAGCUGCUGCCCGUCUCCUUUCACAUUUAAGAACAGUCCAUGGAGAAAGUGUUUGACAUUCCUGAUGUUUACUGAGCCUGAGGUGUGCACUGUGUAUAAUGCCAAUGCUGCUAAACCUGCUGUAUUCAUGUUCAGCAAACAGUAGUUCUAUUUGUGGUAAAUAUUUGUUCUUGUAUUAUCUGCUGACUGUCAGUCUCAUAUUUAAAUUUAAUUGACGUAUACUUUAAUAUUAAUUACACCUAUUGGACAGAUUAGCUGGAAAAUGCAUUGUGCCUUAAUUAGUGAUCCAUGUACGCAUAUUAACAUGUUGAAUUCUGUAUGGUUGCAGAUGCAUGUAUUUAUAAUAAUAUAGUUUAAAGAACCAUGACGGAGAAUGACGUGUCAUAUCAACACAUUUUUAUUAAAUAAACUUUUAAAAGGAG